GCAUCAGACACUGCCUCGAGCGAGCAUCGAUCCCCCGCACUGAGCUCCGCUUCCGCUUGUGGAUCGCCAAGCCCCGCGGAACCGAGACGCGGAACGGAAAGAGAGCCACUCGUCCUGAAGCUAAAGUGGGAUCUUCCGACACAAUUCACGAAGGCGUGGAGAACCAACACCACCUUCCUCUAAAACUCUCUGGAGCAAGCGAGAUCAGCAUAUAUAUCAUCAUGAGCAUCCGAUGAUCACUUCGAAUGACCGGUCCCCGUCUCCUCCCCCCGCCGCCGACGAGGCUCUCGACGAACCGGGGCCUACAUUUAGCCCGCUCUCUUCUGAGGACAGGCAACGCCCCUCCCUCUGUCCGCUCACAGUGUGCAGCUACCUCACAGGCACGACCUCGAUCAUGGAUCAAUAGCAGAGUUCCGUACUACACUCAACCACUGUGCAGAUUCUAUACUACCCCUGCGACAACUCCGUCUGCUAUUGCUUCGACUUCCUCGGCGGGCCCCGAGGAUGCCCUUUCCGCUGAUGAGCCAGUCGUCGACCAAGCUGCGUGGAAGGAACGCAUACAGAAGAAGCGGAGCUACGCGGACUUCACAUUGAAAUUUGCUGAAAGGGGUGAUGGUCCAGGCUGGCCAGACUACCUCCGCCGAAGACUCCUGCGCAUCGCAGAGGCAGAACUAGAAGAGCAGAGCUGGGGUCCCAAACAGGCUUUGCCUAAAGAGACGCAGAUGGCGGCUGCCUGCUUCAAGGCGGCAAUUGAGGCGCUCCUGGUCCGCGGUGAGCUGCUAACGAGCGCCAAAUUGCUGGAAGACUGGAUACGAUUUCGCCUUGUCCAAGGAACCUCAUCGCAACAGCAGGCCAUCGAUACAUCGCUGUUGGUUCAGGUCGUCCAUGAGCUGACAGUGGGACCCGCUCAAGACAAGCCUUCCAAAUCUCACAGUCCGGAGCAGAAUCUCAAUGCGCUGAGAGGGGUUCGUGAAGCUUGCAGCGAAGCGUCUUUAGCAUGGACAGGGCAUAUGAACCUGCAGGCUGGCAACGCUUUUCGGAAAGCUGGAUUAGGGAUAGACGCCAUGGAUGUCCUCAUUGCUGAGCUGCGGAGAUUUUCAAAUGAGAGCCAACUCCGUCAAGAAUUGACUAGAAGUAGCCGGCUCGAAGACGCAGAGGCAGCUAGCCAGGGCGAUCCUGUCAUAGCGCAGAUCUUAUUCAAGGGCAUGGCCAAAUACCUCCGACAAGCAAGAGAUGCUCUCUCGAUGAGAGUCGCUUCAUUGUCCAAGGCGAAUCAAGCCAGCCGCCACCUAGCGAUAGUGGAGUACUUUUCUCUUCUGAACUCUUUGGCGGACCUUCUCAGAGAGCAACCCAGUUCUCUCAAUGAAGUCUCGAGAUCGAGCUCGUACAGCUUUGUCAUCAAGUGUCUCUGCACCGCGCCAGAGCUUAGUCGGCUGAUCGAGCAGGAAUUCAUGCAACUCGGAGCCCCUCUUCAAGAGCAAGUAACUGAAGCUGUCGAAUCCGUACAUUUGGCUUUGUCGGGAUACAUAGCGGAGGUCUUUGUUCCCUCCUCCUCUUCUAAUAUUGGCACAGCCCAGGUGUCAAAUACUCCAUCCGCCGACUUCAUGAAGCUCGAUGGAUCUACUCUGGCCACUCUUGUGCGAUAUGCCAUGCGCCAUCUGAGCUCAUCGGAAGACUUAGUGCAGCACGUCGUGUCAGCAACGUCCCAGAUGGUUGAGCAGGGUAGUAUCACUGCCAGGUCUGUCUUGACGACUCAGCUCAACGAAGCAGUCCUUGCACGAGACCCUGACUUGGAAGAGAAGACUCUGCAGCUGAUGCUCCACGAGGACGGCCAUGCUCUUUCGAGCCGAUCUGCUUCAAAGAGAGGGAAGGAAAUUCUAGCUCCUCGCGAUGAUGUGCUGCUCCUAUUGAAGUCAGCGCAUCAUAAGGGCGAUCUGUAUCGUGUCAAUGUUCUGAUUCGCUACCUCAGCGCAGGCGGUCGCUUACGUAGCGCCUUGCAGAACGCGGUAGAGCAAGGCCUGCACGAGACGACAGGGUCUUCAGGACGUAUAUCGGCGGCAGAUCUCGUUCGGGUCAUUCUGCCAUCUAUGCCAAGGCUUUUUGACCCUUCGCAGAUCCUCAGUCCCUCAAGUGAGGACUCACUCGUCCUCGCCACUUCGGCCACCUGCCUCGCACUCCUCAACGCAGCCGUCAAGACCGGAAGUCACAGUCUUGCCUCGGAUCUUUAUCAGUACAUCAGCUGGUUCCGAAAUCAGGGCGCAGAGGGUCGACAGGCGGUCAGUCUGCCCGAGGCUACAUGCUACCUACAAUCACUUGAAGACAUCGGUGUGGCUCUGUUGAGCCAGCUGCAACGUCAGGCCAUGGUAGAAGCGGCGAGGAGCCACAAAGAAUUCUCGGCAGCUCUCGGGCAUCCCCAGGAAGAGAUCAAGGCGGAGGCGAAUCCGGCGCGAUCCAGCAGGGAGAUACUGGAUGACUUGUUCGAUCUGCGGAGCCAAGCGCGAAAGGCAUAUGAGGAUCUUGUCGAGCAUUGGAGUUCCGGCGUCCGCCAAGCCACUAUGCCGACCCCCAAUGGUCGCUUCUACAAUGCUGUCCUCGGUGCUCUUCUUUGGCCAAAGCUCAUCGAGAUUCUCCCACCUAGCGUCUUGCUCGAGCAACGUGACGAACCGGCAGCGAGAGAGCAGCCGCGUGGGAUGAAUGCCUAUUUCCGCUUCAACUACCAGCACCACGCUCGAAGGUCCCGCCGCCCUCAUCCCCCCUCUGCCGCCUACGAGUCCCUCGAGCGUCUCUACACAGAUCCAGAAGCCCUGCAGCACCUCGUCGUCAUCCUGAGCGACGUAAGUGACUCGGGGCUGCCCAUCCCUCCUGGGUACCAGAGCUUGCUAGUGCGAGCAGGAUAUAAAGGGGAGAGACUCUUCCGACAUGUCGAAGGGGCAGAUCAGAGGAAGGGGAGGAGCAUUCAGGCGGGUAAAUUGGCAGUGCGCAAGGAUAGAGGAUUGAUCAUCUCUGCUUGGAGUGCGAGUAGGAAAAAGAGGGCAAAAAAGGAGAGAGUGCAGCAAGUGAAGGACGAGUCAGAGUCUUGAUUUGUGCAAAAGUAAAAUCAAAGGAGCGGACGGAAUACGCAAGGCCCAGAAGCGGUGUGCAGCCAUGCUUGACCCUCCAAAUGCAAUGUAUACAUACUUCAAAUGAUCAAUGCGUCAGUCUUGUAUAGUUUCAUCAGACGCA